AGAAAAACUUUUAAGUAGACGUGGCCUGGUGGGUAGUGCGAGGGCUCUGACAUGUUGCGUGAUGAAGUUCUCAUGGGAGACCUUAUUUUAAAUUAGGUCUGUGUAAUUUCCUGACCCUAUCACCCCUUCUCCUCUCUAUCACUUCAUAUCUCUUGUCCACUUUCUUUAUUAAUAAAAAUAUCAAAAAGUCUAGGACAAUUAAAAGAUAUUAUGUUUUUGAUGAUUUUCUUUCAAAUUCAUAUGUGUGGGCUUUUGCAGCUUUACAUAUACAUAGUGGGAAAUAGAUGGAAAAUCAUGGGAAGAAAGAGAGUGGGUAAAAGGGGGUAAAAUCAGCCAGAUUCAAUCUCCCAUGAGCACAAGAAUAGCUCAGUUAUUUUUCAUGGAGGCUAAUGGCUAGGUCUCUGCUGAUUUGUGGUCUUUUCCCAAUGAUUUAAAUGGGGUUGGACAAUGAAACUGAAACACCUGGUUUUAGACCACAAUAAUUUAUUGGUAUGUUGUAGGGCCUCCUUUUUGCGGCCAAUACAGCAUCAAUUAAUCUUGGGAAUGACAGAUUCAAGUCCUGCACAGUGACCAGAAGGAUUUUGAGCCAUUCCAGAAUGUGGCCAGGUCACUAUCUGAUGCUGGUGGAGGAAAACUUUUUCUGACUUGCUCCUCCAAAGUACCCUAAAGUGGCUCAAAAAUAUUUAGAUCUGGUGACUGUACAGGCCAUGGGAGAUGUUAAACUUCACUUUCAUGUUCAUCGCACCACUCUCUCAUAAGUCUUGCUGUAUGCUUGGUGCAUUAUCAUGCUGAUACACAGCACACUCUUCAGGGUACAAUGUUUGAACCCUUAAGUGCACAUGGUCCUACAGAAUGGUUCGGUAGUCCUUGGAACUGUGCCCAUUGCAGCACCAUAGGGAAUGCCAUGUUAUAUUGGGUACGUGACCGUCUGGGUGUUAAGCAUGGACUCAUCAGAGAACAAUACAUGUUUCACAUUGUCCACAGCCCAAGAUUUGUACUGUUGGCUACCAUUGAAACGGACAUUUGGCAUUGGCACGAGUGACCAAAUAUUUGGCUAUAGCAGCUUAACCAUGAAUAUUGACUCUUUGGAGCUCCUGAGGAACAGUUUUGGUGGAACCAGGAGAGUCAAGGUGCGCAUUUAAGUCUGCAAUGAGUUGGGCAGCUGUGGGUUUUUUGGAUACAAUCCGGGUUAGUACCUGGACAUCCCUUUUAGACAGCUUCCUCUUAGUUCUGUUGGACGUGGUUUAUCUAUCAUGGUGGAAUGCUGACAUUACCCUGGAUAACGUGGCUCUUGAUACACCACAAAUACUUGCUGUCCUGGUCACAGAUGAGCCAGUGAGACACGCACCAACAAUUUGUCCUCUUUUGAACUUUGAUAUGUCUCAUUAUGUUGUGUAAUGCAGUAUUUUAUGUAAAGCUGUGCUAUUGCUCUAAUUCAUUGUUCAUACUCUGCUCUGACUGAUGGAAUGUAAAAUCAGUGGUGACUGGACAACCAGGCCAUGCAAAUAUAGGUGCGAAACCUGCAACACAAUAUUGGCCAGUGUUUCAAUUUCUUUGUCCAAUCUCUGUGUAUGUUUUCCACAGUCACAAUAAGUAUUCUUUUAUCUGUAUCAGAUUUUUUUCUUGGGUUUUCUGAUAUUCAGUAAACAAUAUACCUAAAUUUAACAGUAAUAAAUUGUCCUUUCCACACCUGCUAUCCACUUAAUUAUUCUUCAUCUUGCCAACUACAAAAGACAACCUGCUCAUCUCCAUAUCCAAUAGCAACUGAAGUGUCUGCUGUUAAACCAGUCUGAAGAUCUGACCACUCUCAUGAAUAUGCAUGUUGCGUUUCAUCCCCGGACUGGCUGAUUGACAAAGGUUAUCAUAUAGUUCAGAGAUGGGUCACAAUACUAACGCUUCCAGUCUCACCCACACAAACUCCUUCAUGACCCCUAUUUUAAAAAGUCAAAUGCUGCAAUCAGGCACAGCCUUUUUAAGUUGAUUGUUUUUAUAUGUCAGCCUAAUGUACUACAAAUGUUUACAGCCAGGCUGAAACAAACCUGGCUGGAAUUCCAAUUACCCAACACAUGCACCUUAAGUAGCACUUGGAUUUAUUUUCAGGGUACAAACAGUAUCUAGAGAUUUGAGAAGGGUUUGCACUUCAUUAGCUUAUGCAAGUGAGUUGCCAUUUCAGAUUAAAAGGUAAAGAAGAGCAGUGGAGGGCUGUUUAAGACUUGCCAUUUUUCUGUGUAUUUCUUUAAUUUGUUGUGUCUAGUUUUUGCUAUCAAAUGAACCCCCCAUUAUUAAUCCAUUAGGAGUCUUAUUAUUGUCUUUUUAAGUGCCAUCAUUGCAGUUUUAUAAAUAGUGACUGCAUCACUCAAACGGAUCAAUAUACUCCCUGCACGUCCCUCAGGAGCUAAACUGCUGCCUCAAAGGCGAGACAGUUGUGUCAUAAUGAUGUAACUGCACAAUAGGUGCCAUCAUCGUGUGAUUGUGUUGACAUCAGAGUUAGGAACAAAUGAGGAUCUGCGCACAACCUCUGCAUAUGAGUUCAAUAACUCUCCUUCGCAAUGUGAGAAUAAUGGAGCGAUCGCUUACUGACGCUGGAUGUUCAGGGACUGGCGUCACCCUGCUCUAUUAAGCUUGACUGUCCUCCUGAUACACAGGGACUUGGUCUGUGGUGAGCUUGGUAGCUUGAGCACAGGCACUUGUUUUCUUUCUCUCCUCUAUAUUUGCCACUCUUUCAUUCACCUUCAGUGAGUGCACAUCUCCACAUGUUCAUCUCCCACUUCAAGCUCCAGCUUUAGUCUCACUCCUGGAUUACUUGUCUAUUUACAAAGAUGAGAUGCCACAGGAACAAGCUAUUGGAAAUCUAGGGCAGUGACUGGUUUAUAAGAGAAGCCAAUAAAGAAAUCAGCUCCUAUGAUCCACUGAGCCAACGCGACAUUAGCCUCUCAACAGUCACACCACAUAAUCAUGGAGGACUCAACGGAGGUGCGGACGGGUGGAAACUCUUUGCUGAAAGCCGUAUAUCUGUGCCGCCUGAGGUUGACGCGCCUGCUGCUGGAAGGAGGGGCUUACAUUAAUGAGAGCAAUGAGAGGGGAGAAACUCCACUGAUGGUGGCCUGCAAAAGUCAUCACGUUGAUGCUCAGAGUGUGCCAAAACCCAAGAUCAUCAGGUAUCUUCUUGAAAAUGGUGCAGACCCCAACAUUCAGGAUAAGUCUGGUAAGACAGCCCUAAUGCAUGCCUGCAUAGAGCGGACGGGCGACGAGGUGCUGUCACUUCUUCUCUCCAGUGGAGCUGACCCUAGUUUAGAGGACCACACUGGUUCCUCCGCUCUGGUCUACGCAGUUAAUGCUGGAGACAAGGAUGCACUGAGAGUACUACUGGAUGCCUGCAAGGCCAAGGGCAAAGAAGUCAUUAUCAUUACAACAGACAAACUACCCUCUGGAAGACAAAUGACCAAGCAGUAUUUGAACGUACCGCCACCUCCAAAUCUUGAGGACCGAUUGCACUGUGCCCCUGCUUCAUGCAUGUUCCCCUCUGAAUUUAAACUUUCUACCCCGCAAAUCUCCCCACCCACCAAUAACCAAUCUGAGACCCUGGGAUCCACUCCAACAAUUCCCACAUCUAAGCCAGAGUCACUAAUUCAAGAUUCAAGCCCUCUGCGAGCAGCUAGUGUGGUGAAGCUGCUGCAUCUACAGAGGCUUCACUCAGAGCCCUGGCUGAAGAUCCCCCCUUCUCUGCUCCUACAGCAAAGCAAGUCCUCAUCCUUGACUGAGGAGCUUCUAGAUAUCACUCCCGAAGAGGAGCUCUCAUUUGGGUACAAUGGUUGCCAACCUCCAUUGAGAGCGACGGUAGCUCGUCACCAAAGCAUUGACGCCAAAGACUCUUUUGGUCUGCUUAGAGCCUUUGAAACAACAUCUGAUGGAGAAAGAGAAUUAACAAAAGAACAGAAAUGGCUCAGUAGAAAAAUGUCCUAUGAUGGGGAGUUGCUACCACACUCCUCCUCACAUCAGAACCUCAAGCAGGCAUCCAUCUCAGACAUGGCUCCUAUGGACCGGGAUCCAGUCUGUCUUCCCAACUUGGCCGUUUCAAGCCUGCGCAAUGUGUUUCGUCGCCGCAACAUUGGAAUGGACCACUACAGCUCUGACUCUCAGUUGCCUCAAUUUGGGAGCCAACCCUCGGAAGACCUCGGGAAGACUGGAGGAGGAGGAGGAACUGGAGGCACGGAGAAACGCAAGCUUGUCACCAGCCGCUCCUCCACUCUCUCUGGAUCCAGAGAGUCUCUAGAGAGUCUCAUUCAGAGGAGGAGCCCAGCGAUGCUGGAGCGGAGGGGAUCCGGAGCCCUACUCCUAGACCAUAUCUCACAAACCCGCCCUGGUUAUCUGCCACCUCUUAAUCCACAUGCGCCCAUUCCAGAUAUCAAAGUCAAUACCAGUGUUGGCCUCAACAGUGGAAGCAAGCCUGUGGCAGGGACUACACCCAUUGUGGCAGGAACUACACCCAUUGUUCCUGGAUCGAGGCAUUUUGUCCCCUGUGCCCCGAGCCAUCCCAGAGAUCUCAAGAACAAGAAGAGUCUGUUAAGACGACACUCCAUGCAAACUGAGCAGAUCAAGCAGCUGGUCAAUUUUGAGGAAAUCUUUGGUCAGUAAACAUCAAAGUUGUGGUAAAUAUAGAAAUUCAAUUAGUCAAAGUCUGAAUUCUGAACAGAAUUAUAAAUAUGAAUCAUAAUAAACAUAAACCACCACCCUAAAAUGCACUUUCCGGACUGGACAGUGGUAAUAUGUUUAUGUGACCAUUGUAAACUUUACUGCACUUUACUGCUGUUCUUUGUGCUCUCACUCAUUAGUGCACUGAAUCAGAAUACGGAAACGUUGCUGCUGUUUAAUGUACUGCUGUCUCUUUAAACCUGAUUUAUGUCUGCAAUGUCUCAAUGUCUUUGUAUUUACAACAGAUAAUAUAUUGUGACUUGUAUUUAUCAUUAAUAA